CUGAUGGAGAACAGUACAGAGGUGACAGAGUUCAUCCUCCUAGGUCUAACCAAUGCCCCAGAAUUGCAGGCCCCCCUCUUUAUCAUGUUCACUCUCAUCUACUUUGUGAACAUGGCUGGGAACUUGGGGAUGCUUGUGCUGAUUCUCUGGGACCCUCGACUCCACUCUCCUAUGUACGUUUUUCUUGGUAACCUGUCUCUGGUGGACAUCUUUUACUCCUCAGCCGUCACUCCCACUGUUGUUGCUGGACUUAUUUCUGAAAACCAAGCCAUUUCCUACAAUGCUUGUGCUGCUCAGAUGUUCUUAUUUGUAGUCUUUGCUACUGCAGAAAAUUUUCUCCUGGCGGCAAUGGCCUAUGAUCGCUAUGCAGCAGUGUGCAAACCCUUGCACUAUACCACCACCAUGACGCCGACCACAUGUGCAUGUCUCACCGUGGCCUGCUAUGCCGGUGGUUUCCUGAAUUCCUCCAUCCAUACUGGGGACACGUUCCGACUCUACUUCUGUGGGUCCAAUGUGGUCCAUCACUUUUUCUGCGAUGUUCCGGCAGUCAUGGUUCUCUCCUGCUCUGACAGACAUGUCAGUGAGAUGAUCCUUCUUUAUGGAGCAAGCUUUGUUAUCUGUUCUGCACUCGUCAUCAUUUUGGUAUCCUAUGUUUUCAUCUUCAUCACCAUCUUCAAGAUGCGCUCAGCUGCAGGAUACCAGAAAGCUAUGUCCACCUGUGUUUCUCACUUCACUGCUGUCUCCAUUUUCUAUGGGACUCUUAUUUUCAUGUACUUGCAACCCAGCUCCAGCCACUCCAUGGACACUGACAAAAUUGUGUCUGUGUUCUACACCAUGGUCAUCCCCAUGCUGAACCCUGUGGUCUACAGCCUGAGGAACAAAGAGGUGAAAAGUGCAUUCAAGAAAGUGGUGGAGAAGACAAAAUAUUCCCUAGGAUUUUGA